CCUUAGGGAGGGAAAAACAAAACCAACAUUUACACGUAAAAAUACAAAUUGGUUUAGGAAAUUAGCUCGUCGUUCAAAGGAGCUCUCUCCCACGUCUUCUCUUUCUUUCUGUUUCUCGUCUGUCCGUCUCUCUCUUUCUUCCUCACGAGAAACAGAAAGAGAGAGAAAAAAUUACGAUUCUAACUGGAAGGAAUGAACAGGCAAAGAAGAAAGAAGAAGAAGAAACGAAUUGUUAGGGGAGAGAGCUGCCUUGAAUGUCGAUCACCCUCCAACCGGAAGAAGAAAACAAUAGAGAAGAAGGAGAAGGAGAAGAUCAACAAGAACAUGAAACCUCCGCCGGCGAUCAUGUUGUCGUCCGGACAACCAACAACGAACAUGUCGCCGGUGGCUGGAGCGGAGCCUUCCAUUUGAAAAAACCAAAUUUGCACCUCCGUCACCUUCUUGGCCCUCUUGGCCGGAGGAGGUCCCAGCAGGCUGCAACAAUGCCAACUGGGAUCUUAUGCGGGUUCAGACCAUUUCCAUCGGAACGAAAAAAUGUUCGACCCGAGGUACGUACUUCGAUGGAUCUUUUGUUCAUAAAAAAAACAAUUUUUCUACAAGCAGAGGGAUCAAUUUACAACAGAUUUAGCGAUCCAACGUACCACGAAAAAAUUGAUUUAGACAUUUUGAUGCAGGUGGUGAGAGGGCAAUCAAGCAAGAGGAGGGAGAAGAAGAAUUCAGCACCGAGACCUAAACAGAAUGGCUCGAGUCGGGGCGGGUCGACGGGUCUGGUCGUCCUGAUGAUGGACCUCCGGAAGAAGAUCAUUCAGUUCCGGGAUGUAUUCGAUCUGCCGGCAUGUGAUGUCUCUGCUUUUAUCAAUAAACUGGUGACGGAAACCAUGAGUAAUCUUCACAGUCUCUACCCUGAAAUCCUACCAAUCAAAGAUUUGUCAGAAAUCAAGGAGGGAGCUUCAAUUCAUGAGGUUUUGAUAUACUUGUGUGGUGCUUUAAGAUCCGUUGGAGACGCCUGGGUGACAACGAGUGACGAUGAUGAGUGGAUGGACAAAUCGACAUCAUACAAACAGAACAACAUGGACGAAUUGAACUCGGAACAACUAGUCGAACUUGCACUGGCAACACUCGAUUGCUUGAUCAAGAUAUCAUAUGAGAAGUUUGAGCACGUCGUAGCAGACGAGGACGAGGAGGACGACGAUCAUAGCCACGAGAUCACCUCUGCUCGUAGCAGUACUACGAGCAGGUGUGAUCUCGUGGACCACCACGAAAAGGUCUUAGUAGGGAGGUCUUAUUCCGAGUCCUCCAACACUCCCUUCACCGCUUCUUCCUCCCCGGUCAACACUCCCACGUCGGUCCUCCCCGAGCUCACCAUAUCUUGUGCUUCUUCUCCCAAGGCUGAGGAGUUCUCCACCUUGUACUGCUCCUCCCCGUUCCUCCGCCUCCUCAGCUUCCAGGCGGUCGGCGGGAAGCUCAGCCGCCUCGACGUCAAACACAUGUCUUUCCACUUGUUCCCCCACGGCGGCUCGGGAUCUCAUCAUCAUCGCCACCACCGUAGGCACAAAGGGAGUAGUAGUAGGGCAAAGAGCCACGAGAACGUGCCGUUUGAAAUGGACGGAAGCCAAAAAGACUUGCGAACCAAGGAACACAAACCCACAACGGGACCAAAACCUCCUCCUCCUCCUCCACCACCUCCGCGGUGGCGGCCACCCAAACCUCCACCACCACCACCACCGCCAUUUCCUUCAUGGGUUACACUAAAAACCAACAAUGUAGUAGUUCCUCAACCUCCACCGUUGCCUUCACGUGCCACACUAGAAAAAAGUGCACUUCCUCAACCUCCACCGUUACCAACGUUGCAUUCAUGUGACACACUAGAAAAAAGUGCACUUCCUCAACCUCCACCGUUACCAAAUUUGCCUUCAUGUGACACACUUGAAAAAUGUGCGGUUCCUCAACCUCCACCUUUACCAAAUUUGCCUUCACCAAAAAAAGAUGCCGUCGUGGUCCCUCAACAACAUCCACUUCUCACUAGAAGUCCACCCGUUUUGAAGUCCCAACCAUUAUUGCAACCGCCGCCGCCACCACCGCCACCUAGGGCAGCUUCGAUUGGAUCGGGUUCGAGCAAGGCGCCGCCACCUUCACCAUCGAAAGAUGGACCGCCGCCGCCGGCGGCGGCGGCGGGGGCGCCACCACCUCCUCCACCGGGUGCAACUAAGCUACUACGGCCCAAGAAGGCACACACGAAGCUGAAGAGGUCGAGCCAAAUGGGGAAUCUGUACAGGCUGUUGAAGGGGAAGGUAGAAGGAGGUAAUCAAGUGAAGUCACAAAGGGGGAGAGUGAGCUCGGGUUCCGGCAACAGCGGCGGUGGGAAGCAAGGAAUGGCGGAUGCACUCGCUGAGAUAACAAGGAGAUCAGCAUACUUCCAACAAAUUGAGGAAGACGUCCAUACCUAUGCUGAGGAAAUAACAAAGCUCAAGAAGGAAAUCAGCAGCUUCAAGACAAAGGAUAUGGUUCUUUCGAGGUUCGAAGGCUUCCCGGAGAAGAAGCUGGAAGCGGUAAGGUCAGCAGCUGCACUCUACUGCAAGCUAAAAGGGAUCGUCACCGACCUACAGACGUGGAAGAUCGAGUCCCCGUUGGAUCGACUCCUCGACAGGAUCGAACGGUACUUCAACAAGGCGAAGGGAGAUAUGGAUGCAUUCGAGCGAAACAAGGAGGAAGACUGCAAGAGAUUCAAGAACCACAACAUCGAAUUCGACCUCCAGAUCCUCGUCCAAAUCAAAGAAGCCGUGGAAAGGAAAAUUGCUACUAGCAACGGAGGUCAACCGAGCAAGACGUGCUGCAAGACGUUGUGGAGGGCGUUCCAGUUCGCGUUCAGAGUGUACACGUUCGCCGGCGGGCACGACGAUCGCGCAGAUAGGCUGACGAAAGAAUUGGCCCAGCAGAUAGAGGAAGAUCAUCGCCGGAUGCAGGAAGCUAAUUAAUCAGUAAAUUAAGCCUUUACUCCGGUGGGUGAAAAAAUGUAAAGGGACGAUUGAUGUUAGUAAAUGGACGGCCGAAGUGGCUUCUUGUUCGUUAUUAUUAGGGUUUCGUUCGUACAUAAACUGGCUUUUCUUUUGGGUGACAUUAGGGAAGUAGCGAGAGAGAGAGAGAGAGAGAGUUCUCGACUGAUUGAGAUUGAUUCUCCACGAGACCGUCGUCUAACAAAAGAAAAACCAACAAAUGUAGCCAUUUUUGUUCUUCUUUCUUCUUCUCCUUCUUGGAUUCAUUUGUAAAUUGCGGGAUCGCCUUCUCCUUCUAAUGAAAAUCAUAUUGUCAGUGUCCCAGUGACGCAGAAAUUUUACAUAUGGGAUGUC